UCUUCGUCUUCAACAAUGGAAGCCACUCUGUUCACCUCGACGCCCCCAUCCCCGGCCUUAUCCCUAACCCGACCCGCCAGCCCAUUCCUCUCCCUCCCCUCCCCUCCCCACCGCCGCCGCCUCCGCCUCCCCACCAUCCGCUCCGCCAUCUCCCGCACCAAGAAAGAAGAGACCGUCGAAACCAUCAAGACCAAUCUCGACAACUGCUACCUCAUGGCCGGUAUCAGCUACAAAGGCCUCACCGUCAAGCAAUUCCAGGACCUCCGCAAAGCCCUACCUGACUCCACCAAGCUCAUCGUCGCCAAGAACACUCUCGUCUACAAAGCCAUCGAGGGAACCCCCUGGGAGGCUCUCAAGCCUUGCAUGACCGGGAUGAACGCCUGGCUGUUCGUCCACAGCGAGGAGAUCCCGCCGGCGAUUAAGCCCUACCGGGAUUUCCAGAAGGAACGGAAGCUCGAGAACAAUGACUUCACCGGAGCGGUGUUCGAGGGCAAGUUUUACGGCCCCGGAGACUUCAAGGCGCUGGAGACAAUGCCGACGAGGCUGGAGAUUUAUGCCAAGUUGCUUGGCUCCCUCAAGGGGCCGGCGUCCAACCUCGUCGGGACGAUUCAGGCGCCGGCGAGGGAGCUGGUCAUGACUUUGCAGGCGUAUGUGCAGAAAUUGGAGGAGAGCGGCGGCGGGCAGUAGUGUGAUAUAGGGGGAGUUUCGGAGAAGCCUUUGUAAGUGUAUCUUGAACUUGAAGAACCAAUUUUUUUCUUCGAGUUUUUUUUUUUUUUUUGUGUUGUUGUAGAAUGGUUGGAUAUUUAUAUUUGUGUUUGACAUUCGAGGAAUGAAGAGCUGUAGAUUUUGUAAAAUUGGAAUCUUAGCAAGCAAUGAUGUUCGUUUUUUA